AGACCUAGCCACCCCACCAUCACCCCACCCCACCACCCAGACCCCAACCACCCCACCUCCACAGUGGGUCCUCAGACCCAACCACCCCACCAUCACCCCACCUCUCUGUCACCAUGACACACAUGGACUACGAAUACACCCUGUUGGGUUCCUCGAUGGAGGACUACAGGAAGAGACCUCUGAAACUACAGGUGGACGACAGCCCCAUGAGCCUGUUCGCCGUGCUGGAGGUGAAACGUGACCCUCUCCAUCUCCACCGACCCUGGCCCCGGUGCACCCUGGGAUGUGGUACGAGCACCCUGACCUGCUUCAGGAAGGUUAAACUGUACAGCUUCCUGUUCGGCCUCGCCGUCAUGUUCCUCAUCGUGGCUUCCUAUAUCCUCACUGGGGACAAGAAGGGCCUCCUCUUGACCCCGUCCCCGUAUCACUUCUCUACGGUGCCGAACUCGGGGUCCGGGACUGGGCCCUACCCCUUUAACGUGUCUUCUGCCAAGGACUACGCUACCGUUAAACUGGUGGUGAAGAACAUAGCGUCCAAGGUGGAGUUCAGUACUACCAGACAGCUGCCAGAACGCGAGGCGCUAUUACACAGUGAGCCACAUAUGUUUUCCGUUAUCCCCCACAAGUUUCUUCCCAACGUCAAGAACCCUUGCUGGUACGAGGAGCACACUGGGAAUAUCAGCAGGGACCCUUACAGGACAAACCUUUACGCCCGCUACUCGCGCCGCUUCAGAACCGUGUUUGAGUACCUGAGGAAGGCUUUCCGAGAACACCUGUACCGCCGCGGGGGGAAAUACUACCGCAUUCGCUGCCUGCCUUACUUCUACAUCAUAGGCCAGCCUAAGUGUGGCACCACAGACCUGUACGACAGGCUUCAGCUGCAUCCGGAGGUCAGGUUCACCACCUUCAAAGAGCCUCACUGGUGGACCAGGAAGAGGUUUGGUAUAAUCCGUCUGAGUGAGGGGUUCCAUGACCGUUACCCAGUGGAAGACUAUUUGGAUCUGUUUGACCUGGCAGCCUAUCAGAUCCAAGACAACCUGAUGGGAAACGCCCACUCAGGAGCCCCAGAGCAACACAACAUCAUCAUAGGAGAGGCCAGUGCGUCCACCAUGUGGGACAACAAUGCCUGGGCGUAUUUCUAUGACAACUCGACUGAGGCGGAGGCGGAGCCACCCUUCCUCAUCCAGGACUUUAUCCACACGCUUCAGCCUGACGCAAGGUUCAUCGUCAUGCUCAGAGACCCUGUAGAGAGGUUGUACUCCGACUAUCUCUACUUUGGGAUCACUAAUAAGUCUGCAGAGGAUUUCCAGGACAAGGUGUCCGAGUCUCUCCAGCUGUUUGAAGGGUGCCUGACAGAGUACACCAUGCGCUCCUGUGUGUACAACACUACGCUCAACAACGCCAUGCCAGUCAGGUUGCAGGUGGGCCUGUACAUAGUCUACAUACUAGACUGGUUGACAGUCUACAGUAGAGAACAGAUUCUGGUCCUUCGGCUUGAAGACCACGCCUCCAACAGGAAAUACACAAUGCACAAAGUCUUUGACUUCCUCAACUUGGGUCAGUUGACGGAGCAGAAGGAAGCAGAGAUCACUAAAAGUCCCGCCUCCAACACGCGGCGGCCAGCGGAUAAGAACCUAGGACCCAUGCUCCCCGUAACCAAGGAGAUACUGAGGGACUUCUACACUCCGUUUAACAAGAAACUGGCCAAGGUGCUCCGCAACGACUCCUUCAGAUGGGACAACCAUUCAGAACUCAUAUAAAGACUUGUUUUAAUGGGGAAACCAUUCAGAACUCAUAUAAAGACUUGUUUUAAUGGGGGAGCAAUUCAGUACUCAUGGCAGGACUUGUUUUAAUGCGGAAGCCAUUCAGUACUCAUAUAAACACCUGUUUUAAUGGGGGAGCAAUUCAGUACUCAUGGCAGGACUUGUUUUAAUGCGGAAGCCAUUCAGUACUCAUAUAAACACCUGUUUUAAUGGGGAAGCCAUUCAGUACACAUAUAAACACCUGUUUUAAUGGGGAAACAAUUCAGUACUCAUAUAAAGACUUGUUUUAAUGGGGAAGCCAUUCAGUACUCAUAUAAAGACUUGUUUUAAUGGGGAAGCCAUUCGGUACUCAUAUAUCCCAGUCAAUGUCCCAUCUACAUUUUUUGGGGCACUGUGCAAAUUUCAGGUCUGCUGAGCGCAAACUCGAACUUUGUGAAAAUUCUGUGCAACUUCCAGCGUGAGUUCACUGUGAACACUGAGGCUCUACCUGCUUUAAGUUACAGUUUUACUGUGAACACUGAGGCUCUACCUGCUUUAUGUUACAGUUUUAAUAGUGACCAAGUAGGCUACUGUGGGUACUUACUGUGGGUAUCAUAAUGUAGGUCUACCUUCAAAAAACAAUGGAGAAAAUGCAUCCCAUAAUAUGUUAACAUGGAAAUGAGCUGUUCUAUCAUUCAGCCUACAGUAGCAGCCAAUGUGUGGUGUUCAAUGCAGAUGUACAUUCCAUCAGACUUUGGAAGAAAAGAAAACAGGCAGUAUUGGACAUCAACCUGUUGAUCCAUUUGUCCUUUAGACAUGGAGGUGACUGAACAUGUUGUGUUGUUUGAUGCAGGAAACCACUUCACAAAAUAAAAUCCAUUAUUCUUCCCUUA